AUCAUCAACCAUCACCACUUUCAACCAAUUUUCAUCAACCAACUCAUUCACAAUGUCCAACCCUAAGGUCUUCUUCGAUGUCUCCAUCGGCGGUGCUCCCGCUGGAAGAAUAAUCAUGGAAUUGUUCCAGGAUCAAGUACCGAAGACCGCUGAGAACUUCCGCGCUCUCUGCACCGGCGAGAAGGGCACCGGCCGCUCUGGCAAGCCCCUCCACUACCAGGGCUCUUCCUUCCACCGUGUCAUCCCCCAGUUCAUGCUCCAGGGUGGUGACUUCACCCGCGGCAACGGCACCGGUGGUGAGUCCAUCUACGGCGAGAAGUUCGAGGACGAGAACUUCAACCUGAAGCACACUGGCCCCGGUAUCCUCUCCAUGGCCAACGCUGGACCCGGAACCAACGGCUCGCAGUUCUUCAUCUGCACCGUCAAGACCUCUUGGCUCGACGGCAAGCACGUUGUCUUCGGCCAGGUCGUCGAGGGCCUUGACGUCGUCCAGGCCGUCGAGCGCGUCGGCUCCUCCAGCGGCAAGACCGCUAAGACCGUCACCAUCGAGAAGUCCGGCCAGUUGUAAACAAGAGUUGCAGCUGUGGGGUGCUCUGGCAGUGCGCAAUGUCAAUUUAGGUGACUCUAACGACACACAAAAGUAUCACGAGGUGAACGACGUGACGACAUGGAGCGGCAUGGAUUAGUCGUAGUACUGUAGUGGGAAAUGACACAUCAAUGCAUGCUUCA